CAUUCAGUAACCUUCAAUGAUUUAUGGUUGUAAUUCAUUAGCUAUUUUUACUCGAAGUUACAGUUGCAGAUCAUUGUCGGUUGUCACUCCCUAAAACGAUGCCGUUUUCAAAUUCCUAGGCUUUUGUUGAAACGACGUAGUAUGUGACAUUCUGGCAUAUGCUUUUUAUAUCUGGAGCAAGGAAGAACAGGAGGAAAGGAUGCUGAGGAAUGGCGUUGAUUAGAAUGGUGGCAAUGAAAGUUGUGCACGGCGGAGCAUGGAGCUUGAGACAUGGCCGUUUCAGCGCGGCCCAGCGGGCACAAACUAUUAGGGCAUUUUCCUCACUCGUGUCACCUCCGUCUAAGGCCGUCGUCUACGAAAAUCACGGUUCACCGGACGCCGUCACCAGGGUGAUCGAGCUGCCCCCAGUGGAAGUAAAGGAGAAUCAAGUGUGCGUUAAAAUGCUGGCUGUCCCGAUUAAUCCAUCUGAUAUUAAUCGAAUUGAAGGAGUCUACCCUGUUAGGCCACAAGUUCCAGCGGUUGGAGGAUAUGAGGGUGUUGGGGAAGUAUACUCUGUCGGCUCUGCAGUUAAGGAUCUCUCACCUGGUGAUUGGGUGAUUCCAUCUCCACCCUCAUUUGGAACAUGGCAGACAUAUAUUGUCAAGGAGCAGGAUGUCUGGCACAAAAUCAAUAAAGAUUCACCAAUGGAGUAUGCUGCUACAAUUACUGUUAAUCCCUUGACUGCUUUGAGAAUGCUCGAGGACUUCACUACUCUGAAUUCAGGAGAUUCUAUUGUGCAAAAUGGGGCUACAAGUAUUGUGGGGCAAUGCAUAAUCCAGCUUGCACGAUUCCGUGGAAUCCACAGUAUCAAUAUUAUAAGGGACAGGCCAGGUUUAGAUGAAGUACAGGAGAAGUUAAAAGCUCUUGGUGCAGAUGAGGUGUUUACUGAGAGCCAACUAGAAGUGAAGAAUGUGAAGGGUCUUCUGUCCAGUAUACCUGAACCUGCUCUGGGAUUCAACUGUGUUGGCGGAAAUGCUGCUUCUUUGGUUCUUAAAUUCUUGAGGAUGGGAGGAACCAUGGUAACGUACGGUGGAAUGUCUAAGAAGCCCAUUACUGUAUCAACUUCAUCCUUCAUUUUCAAGGACCUAUCCUUGAAGGGAUUCUGGUUGCAGAAAUGGUUGACUUCAGAUAAAGCAAAAGAGUGCAGAAGCAUGAUAGAUUAUCUGCUGUGCCUGGCACGAGAAGGGAAGUUGAAAUAUGAAAUGGAAUUGGUUCCUUUUGACAAUUUUCACACUGCUCUCGAUAAGGCACUUGGGAAACUUGGUAGCCAGCCGAAACAAGUGAUCAAAUUCUAAACCUUAAGCAGGACUCGAGAAUGUCUUUGUUGUCUUUUAUGUAGGCCGUGCAUUGAGUCAAAUUUCUAGGCACCACGAUUAUGACAUUUUCUUGUGGGGCUCUGUAUGUACAAAACUUUAAUAGACAAGUCGAACAUCAGAGAGCAUUCAGAAAUAGCAAUCAUCUUUUCUAAUUUUUUGUAUUAAGGAAAUACUGAAUGUCCGAUUUUAAGAUUCGUUUAUGAAAUAAUAUUGUGGGUGAAUC